AAUCUUUUUAUAUAUUUUUUUAAUGUUCCAGUUGUUUAUUAUGCUUCUUUAUCGAGAAUGGAAAUCAAUGAGAUAAAUUUGGAGACACUACUAAAAUGUCCAAAUAAGGAAAAUGCUAAUAAAGAAAGUAAACUCGCGAUUAAACUGCCAACCCAAACAGGACAGAUCGCAUCAGCGGGAAAUUAUAUAUUUUAUGGAAAUACUCAGGAAAUAUCUAUUGUAGGCAUUAAGAAACCCGAUAACAAUAUGAUGACGCUCGCACAAGACUUCGAAAAAUUGCAAGCUAUUCCUUCAAUGAAAGUUUCAAAUUAUUGGAAUCGGUUAAUGGUCUGUUCAAAUAAAUUUCAUCGUUAUGCUGUUGGUACAGCAAAUAUAAGUGAAACAAACUUCCGUUAUUGUGAACUGGAUUUAAAAGAAAUACAGAAGUUGAUGAAUUAGA